GGUAAAAGGCACCCAGAUAAAAGGUAGGGGAGGAGGAGAAGAGAGAAGUAUCCAAGCUGAGCAGCAUGAAGGGGCCCUCACCCACAAGCAGCCUCCUUCUGCUACUGCUGCUGCUGACCCCAGACCCUGGAGCAGCACUGCUACUGUCACCCAGCAUUACCUGCUGUACUCAGCUCUACCGCCAGCCACUCUCGAACAAGCUACUAAGGAAAGUCAUCCGGGUGGAACUGCAGGAAGCUGAUGGGGACUGUCACCUCCAGGCCUUCGUGCUUCACUUGUCUCGACGCAGUGUCUGCAUCCAUCCUCAGAACCGCAGCCUGGCUCGGUGGUUUGAGCGCCAAGGGAGGAGAUUCCAGGGUAUUCUGCCUAACCUGAAUUUGGAGCUGAUAGGGAAAAUGGACCAGGGGCCCUAAUAGCCAAAAUAAUAAAGCAUCAUUGGAUAAUAGUC